UUACAUCGAAAGCUAUGGUUUCCCAAUACGUCCGCAAAAAAUGGUGGACUCAGUAGCCGUCUUUAGUUUAAUUUUGCUUGCAGUUGUAUUUGUAAUUUUGGCACUGUUCAUAUGGAAACUACAGCUGAAUGUAUUAACAGAAUCUCAGUAUUUAAGAAACCGCAAUAGGAAACCGAUGGCGUCCUUAUCAAAAGUAACCCUGCCUUUUAAGGUAGAAGUGGUUCCUGCUCCUGUAGAAAAAAAUUCGUUAUCCCUUAAAGUAACUGGUUCAAAAGAUGGUUGUAUUUUGUAUUACUGCUGUGUUGGUAUCAGUGAAUUGAAAAAAGUGCUGCAGUCAGAACGUUCUAUUUCUAAUGAAAAAUCUAUUGUUGAUGUUUUAAAUUUGAUAUCCAUGUGGUGCAGUAAGAUGCAAAAAUUCACAUUUACUGAAGAUACCACAGAAGUUUCUUUGGAACAACAUUACAGCAAAUUACCAGAAAAUGUACAGAAAGAGUUGUUGGAAGUGAUAAGUGAUCAAUCUUCUGUUAAAACACUUGUCCCCUUUGUUGCCUAUUCGCAAUUGUCAGAUGAAGAAAAAAUGGAGGCUGUAUCUGAUAAUGACGUUGUUGCUUUACUGACUGCCUUCUCAUGUCAUGGUGGCAAAUAUGAAACAGUGGCACAGUACAUAGAAACAGCUGGUGGAAAGAUAUUUCCUAUCAAGGAACUGUUUCAAUCUGGUGUCAGUGACUACAGCUCUUCCGCCUCAUCAAGUGAAUCCAAUGAACUGUGCAUAAUCUGUCAUCACUAUCCAGUGACACGAGUUUUACUACCUUGUCGACAUUCGUGUGUGUGUAAAAUAUGUUUCAAAAAACUUGAAAGUUGUCCCGUGUGUCGACAAUUUGUACAAUCUUAUUUCAUAAUAAAGGAUGAGUCUCAAAUCCCGAUGAGUGAAGAAGAGGAGAGAGACCAGUUAAGUAAUGACAUUAGCCAAAUGGGUAUCUGGAAUCUAAUAAAGUCGAUUUGGAACGCCAGUUGAUGAAAUAAUUAAGAUGCAUAAGCGGAUAAUCAAAAUGUUUUCAACCAGGCCGUAGUAUCUUCUAGUAGACACAUUUUGUGUAAAACGUUGGUUGGUUAUCACAAAUAACUUUGGAUAUUUCAUACCAUGUCCUCCAUUUAACAUUGGAUGUUUAUAUAAAUAUGAACCAAAGCUGAUAUCAUCCUUUGUGUAUGACAUUACACUUGUUAACAACUGCGACAAAAGGCCAACUGGUCAAAACUAGUUAGCUAAUAAUACAGUAUUUUUUUUCACUUAAAAUAUUGUUUUUAUUGCCCUCUCCAUAGUAUCCAAUUAAUAGUAUAUUUUUUGUUUUAUUGACUUAUGCAGGUUUUCUCUUUUGCCUUUAUUCUUCCAAAGAUUGCGCAGGAAUUUUGAUAAACUCCCAAACUUGUUUGUUACUAUAAAUAGGAGGAGUAUUGCAUCUAUAAACAAGGCGAUCACGUGAUUUUUAACAGCUGGCGCAAAUCAACAGUGAUAUGUAUUUUCGUUGAAGCAGCUGUGUUGUGAGAAGAAGGUUAAAACGUGGUUGUCUGUGAGAGGUCGGCAGAAGUAGAUGAUGGAGUUGUGGUAUUCAUUUAUUUGUCUAUUUUUCCUUCUUGGUCAAUCCAACGCAAAUGAUGACUGGAACGGUGGUCUGUUAAAACAACAGUGCGUGACAGACUUCUUCAGAUGUCAGCAAUCCACUUCACUGCUUGAUCCGAAGUGUCGUGACAAAUAUGUUGCAUGUUUGAUGGGAAAGAAUAAUGGCGACGCCAAUUAUCACUUUCAACAACUCAUUGAAAAGUGUUGGUCAGAAGUGACGUUAGAAAAUUCAGCAUAUUGUCAAAGAAUUGGACGAAAUAACAUCGAUUGGCACGGUUGUUCAUUAAUAUGGAAUAAAUGCAUGGAAAAUAUCACAAGUGUAUAGAAAUUUUAUAUUUAAAAUGAUUAAUAAAAUAUGCAUGA